UGGCGGCUGUGGAGAGGGGCAGCUCGGCUGGGAGUUAAGAAGAGAUGGACCCCAGUUACGGAGGUUAUGGAGCUUGGAGUGCUGCAGCUGCCAACCCUCAGGGUACAUAUGCAACCAGUGCAGCGAGCUGGCAAGGCUAUGAAAGCUACAACUAUUACGGUGCCCAGGAUGCCAGCACCGCUGCCGGGGCCACCUAUAACUACAGCACAGCUACCUGGGAGGCAGCCAAGACCGACGUGAGCAUGGCACCUGGACCCACCACCAUGCAGGUGGCUACUUUCGGCCCAGAGACUGGCACGAGUGAGAACUCAGACUCCCUCAUUGCAAAGAUCAACCAGCGCUUGGACAUGAUGUCGAAGGAAGGAGGCGGGGGCGGGGAUGGCGGCAGCGGGGAGGGCGUGGAUGACCAGGAGAGCUCUUUCAGAUUCGAGUCCUUUGACGCUUACGAUUCCAGAGUUGCAGUGGCCGACCGUGAUCCGUACCAUCCUGGCUAUGACUACGAUUAUGACUUUGACCUGGGAGCUGAGCAGGAUGAUGCCUUUGGCAGCCAGUGUGAUGACCGCCGAGAUCUGGCCCGCCACUCCGGAUCCUCCCGGGGGUUCGCUCGGGGCCGGGGCCAGGGCCGGUUCCGGGGCCACUCCGGCGCCUUUGGACGCAGUGACCACUUCAUGCCAUCGUCGAGCUCGGAACGCUUGUCGGCCCGCUGGAACGAGCUGAAUUAUAUUGGUGGAAGGGGUAUGGGAGGAUCCUGCCCCAACAGACUGCCCUCUCUCUUCUCCCAAGCUCUGGUUCCAGAUUACGGCAUGAUGGGCAGAUUUGCCAAUAUGCGCUACGGGUGCGGCCGAUCGCGAAACAGGAUGCGCGAUAGGCCCAAGAGGAGGGGGUUCAAUCGCUUUGGCCCAGUUGGCAUUGGCCGGAAACGAAAAUAUUCUCAGAAUGGCGACGAACCAGAUGGCAAACAGGCCCGGACUGACAGCGAAGGAGAGGAUUCAGAGAACGAUGAUGGUGAUGGGGAUGAUGGGUCUGGAGAUGGAGACCGAGGUGAUGAGGAAUACGAUGAAGAAGGAAGGAGGAGAGGAGACAGAGACGACGAAGACGAGGAGACAAAAAAAAGGAGGGAGAAGCAGAGAAGACGGGACAGGAUGCGGGAUCGUGCCACGGACAGGAUUCAGUUUGCCUGUUCUGUGUGCAAGUUCCGUAGCUUUGAAGACAAAGAAAUCCAGGCGCAUCUUCAGAGCAAGUUUCACAAAGACACACUCCGAUUUAUCGGUACCAAACUGCCUGACAAGACGGUGGCGUUUCUACAGGAAUAUAUCGUGAACAGGAAUAAGAAAAUCGAGAAACGUCGUCAGGAAUUGACCGAGAGGGAGGGCGCCAAACACAAACCAGACCCUUUUAAGGGAAUUGGCCAAGAACACUUUUUUAAGAAGAUCGAGGCAGCUCAUUGUAUGGCCUGUGACAUGUUAAUUCCGGCACAACACCAUCUCCUCCAGCGACAUCUGCGUUCUGCAGAUCACAACCACAACCGCCGGCUUGCCGCUGAACAGUUCAAGAAGACAAGUCUUCAUGUUGCCAAGAGUGUCCUAAACAACAAGCAUAUAGUGAAAAUGCUGGAAAAAUAUCUAAAGGGGGAUGACCCUUUUACAGAUGAAAUAGUUGACCCAGAUGUGGAAGGGGAUGAAAACUUGGAAGGGGGUGAAGGCAAGGAAGAAACCACUGAGGAGGUGGCCGCCGCAGCAGUCUUAGCAGAGAUGAUUGCAGCGGCGGUGAUGGUAGUCGAAGGGGAAGAAGAAAAAGGAACCACGAAGGACAGUGAAGUGAUAGCAAAGGAGCAGAACACCAUGGAAACAGAUGAUACCGGUAACGUUGCUUCUCAGCCACGAGUGGAAAAACCAAGCGAAACUGAAGCAGGAGGUGGCAGCGUGGCAGCAGAAACCGGAAGUGAGGAAUUAAAGGAAGAAAGUGGUGAAAGAGGAGCGGAAAGCGGGGAACCCGCCCAGGCCGACGGAGAGGCGGGGAGCGGCGGGGACCCCGCCCGGGCGGACGGAGAGACGGAAGGCAUCAGAACAAAAGCAGGGGAUGAGACAUUGACAGAAUAAUUUGUCUGCAACAUGUAUACUGCACCAUUGUAUAAAAUUGUUUUUUCUUUUUUUUUCCUUUUUGUCUUUUCUGAAUGCAGCACUCUGGUGUUUUGCUGGAGGGUGCUGUGCAACAGCUUUUCAAGAGGAGGGGCCCAGCUGUGAUGUUCAGGGAGCUGUCCUGUGACUUACUGUCUUGUUCUGUAGAUUUGCUUAGGUUGUCUCCAGCCUGUCUUGGUUUUAGGUUGACGUUUGCAGAAAGCUGUGUGUUCCCACAAGAGACAGUGGAGUUCUCUCCUUUGAACUUUAGAUUUCCAAAUAAUAAAAUUUGAUAAACUUUGA